CAUUGACCCGCGGUUUUAAACUAACAUUUUCCACCGAACGGAGCACUCGUUAUUCACAGCGUUAAGCAAAAUGAGUAAAGUGCAAGGCGGCGCCAAGUGCGUGAAAUACCUGCUUUUCAUCUUCAACUUCAUUUUCUGGCUUUCAGGUUCACUGGUGUUGUCAGUGGGAUUGUGGCUGAGAUUUGAUCCUAAUACUUCUUCACUCCUAAAUGCAGAUGGCGCGCCUGAAACUUUCUUUAUAGCUGUGUAUAUCCUAAUUGGAGCAGGAGGCAUCAUGAUGCUGGUGGGCUUCUUCGGGUGCUGUGGGGCUGUCAGGGAGUCACAGUGUCUUCUGGGAUCGUUCUUUGCCUGUCUUUUGGUGAUAUUUGGUGCUGAAGUAGCUGCAGGAGUCUUUGGCUUCUUGAACAAAGAUCAGGUUAUUGAGGAGGUCCAAAACUUUUACUCAACCUCAAUCAGAGAGGAUAGCAACAGCACAAUUAUUACCCAGUACCAUGAUAUUCUUGGUUGUUGUCCACAAGAUUGUCCUUAUGAACCCAAGGACUGCGUCCAAGCCAUUGCUGAUUUGUUCAAUGAAAAACUUUUCAUUAUAGGAUAUGUGGGUAUUGGCAUCGCAGCGGUAAUGAUCAUAGGGAUGGUCUUCAGUAUGGUCCUAUGCUGCGCUAUCAGGAACAACAGGGAGGUCAUUUAGGUGCACAGUUCCUCCACUUCAGGAUAACCGUACUAGUCCUGAAUGCCCUGCCUUGUCCUCAUUGAGCCAACACACCCGAGUUUGAGAACUGGGAAAAGUUCUCAUAGGGCAGAGUUUGAUAAAAUACAUUUGCAACUUUUUUCUUUGGUUGUGUGAUUAGAUUUAUUGUGUGGGCUGGACCACCAUUGCAUAAUUUUACUGUAAUCACAUUGACGUUUAUUAUUAACAUUAUAUUUUAUAGUUUUUGUUAAGCUGGGGGGUCAGUUAUAAUUAAGAUUUGUUUUAUGAAAAGCUUAAUAAUUACGACUCUUAGAUUUAGGCAAAUGCUGUCAUUUCCCUUAGUGCUAUGCAACACACAAGAGGACUGGUAAUGUAAAUAUUGUAUGUAAAUAAUACAUAGUCCUUCCUUUCUGCUGAUCAGCUGCCUUGUAAUGUUAGUUAUUGUGCAUAUUGCAGUGUUUGCUGUGUGCUAAUGUUUAUUUUGAUGAGUAAUGCUUUAUAUUUGUUUAGAAGCUUUGCAUGUGAUUGAUGCCUCACCCAGCCUCAAGGCUCAGCUCAGGCUGCUGUAUGGUGACAUGAUGUAAAAAUGAAGGUUAACAGUACAGUAUUGAGUGAUGUGACCAAAUUUUAUCCACUUAUGGCGAGUGCUAGAAAUGUAUGUAAAAUCACUGGGCAUUUUAAAGGUAGAUAUUUGAUUAAGUGGUCAUGCAAAGUGUCAAAAUGGUGUGAACAGUAUCAGGUUUCUUAAAAGUAAUAUGGAGUCUAUAUGAUUAAGUCUUUAACACAGCAAGAUUCAGAAAAUAGACAGCUCACAGCAAUAAAACAACCACUUUAUCAUAGUCAGGGUUAAAGAUAUUUAAAAGCAUUAUAUAGCUGUAUACUGAAAAUAUUAUGAUUUCCCUAAAGAACCACAGGAAGAGAAACCAGCCACCUAAAAUUACACUAUCAUCCAACUACUGCAACCAACCUAAAACUGUUAAAGCUAACCCGGUAGUCAGUAACGGCCAAAUCCAAUUUUUUGAAUUAUUCUGUACGUCAUUGCACUCAUGGUCUACUAUCUUCUGCAUUAGUUUUUCAUACUGCCUGUGCUGAUUGUUAACUUCGAAACCUGGUAACUAUUGAACAGAGGGGAAUUGAAUCUGUUUCAGUUUUUUUCCCUCCUCAACUCUCUUCACAUGAGCACAACUUGGGUUAACUGAUAUCUUGCUGUGCUUUUUGUCAGACCUUCAGACUGGCACAAGUAAUUCAUGCCUGAGCAUGCUGUGAUUGUGGCCUGUAAUGGUAAAUACAUUUGGUCAGGCUUGUUUUUAGUGGUUUUGAUAUUCUGUGCUAUGAACAGCACAAUAACUAUUUACCGGUCAGAAAAUGGAACGAGUUUUUUUUUUUUUUAGCAUGACGAAGAAAUAAAGAAAACAAGACACUUAGCUACA